UGCCAUACACUGUGCCAGAUAUUUCCUGGAGCUGGCCAUUGUCUUUUUGUACCGAGCACCCGAGAGAGAGAAACAUUUUUGUUGUGCCUUCUUCGUUGGGUUCACCGUACCUGUGUCGUGUAGUGUCCGUAGGCCGCGUAGUGAGUAGUGCGUUGCGUGCGUGUUUGUGUGACUGUGUGUGCCCAUUGCGUGAAUUAACAUCACGCCCGUGUUCGCGCAUUUUGUGUGUUUGUAUGUGUGGAUUGCUGUGUUGUUAGCCCAUUUGUGAUUUAUAGUAACGGGGCACAGGAAACCUCAAUAUCCCGAACGGUGUCUCUAAGUGACCAAUCUUCCAGCCGUCCCAGUGGCGCCGCGAAGGAAACCGAUAAUCAUUUCCAUUCCCGAACCGUAGUGAGAGAAAGAGACACACGCACACAUAUAUAUAUAUAUUCAAAAGGAAGAAGAGUCUGUGAUAGUAAACCGUCGAAAGUCAAGGCAAAAACCGAAAGCAACAAUAGCAUCCGCCUUCUUUGUGCUACUUGAAUGAGCAAACACACAUUUGCCUAUUGCCUCCCCCCGCACACCUGUCUCCGUACGUGCUCGCUCGAGUCGCACACUCACAUACGCACCCGGGCGUACACGGGCGGCGCUGCGGUGGCGGCAGGCGUUGCGGCGGUCAGCCAUUGCUGAGGAGAAGGGAAAGAAAGUGACCGUUUCUUCUGCCUCUUCGUUAUCGUCGUCGUCGUCGUCGUCGUCGGUUGGUGCUUCAAUUUGCGUGCUUCUUUCUGCGGCUUCCGCGUCCUCCUAGAGCUUCGCUGCACCCGCGAUUUCUGCGCGCAGCCAACCAACCAGCCACCAACCAACCACCACCCCGCUCGGGGCACCCAAACGCACACACACACACACACACCAAUCAGCUGUUUCACCAAGAUCAGCAUACCGGAGCGUCGGCAAAAAAAAACCGGAGCGAACAAUAUCGUCCCUCCCCCCAGCGGGGUGGUAGUAGGACCUGCGUCGUGUACACCGUGUGCAAGGAAGGGGAAGGAGGGGAGACCGGAGGCGGUUGGCAUUAAUUUCGAGCAAAAACAUAUUCGCUGCAGGCCCCCAAAAUGUGGAGCCCGACGCACAUUCAAGUGACAGUGCAACGCGCCAAAGGGCUGCUGAUCAAGGGCAAGGGCGGCACGAACAACUGCUUCGUCAUCAUCGCGCUCGGCAAGGAGAAGUACCAAACCUCGAUCAAACAGAAGGCGCCCGACUCGGUGAUGUGGAAUGAGGAAUGCGAGCUGCAAAUCCCGACGCAGGGCAACCAGGCCCAGCUGGUGCUGACCGCCCUGCACCACAACAGCGUCGGAAUGGACGAGUUUCUCGGGCGCGUCGUGCUGCCGCUCAACGAGAUGGAGGUGUACGAGCGGCCGCGCGCCCGCUGGUACAAGCUCGAGAGCAAGGACCGGGAGAAGAAGAAGGAGAAGGACCGGGGCGAGCUGGAGGUGCGCAUCUCGUUCACGGUGAAGGCGGGCUCGCUGACCGACCUGAGCAAGAAGGAGAAAAGCAAGAGCUCGAUCAGCAAUCUCGCGUCGAGCGUGGGCGGCUCGCUGCUCAGCAUCGGCGCGAUCGAGAAACGGAAAGGGCUGAAGAAGAUCGCAAAAUCGAUCGGCUCAAAGAUGCACAUCUCGGGCAUCGGGAAGAAGGAGGGCCGCAAAAAGGACGAACGGGACGGUGGCGGCGGGGAUGAUUCUUCCAUGUACAGCGGCAGCUACUCGAGUCUGGCGGGCGUGGGCGGUGCCGCCAGUGCGACACCGUCGACCGCCUCGCUGCAUCCGUCGUCGGGCGGGCGGCAGUCGAAGCAAACGUUCGGCGAUGCGGACCCGGGCGUCAUCAGCGAGGACGAGGACGAGUUCGUGCUGGACAACUUGUCGCACAAGAGCUCGAACGGGUCGCUGAAUCUGCGGGCAAGCGCGCCGGCAGCGACGAUGACGACCACGGCGGCGGCGGCGGCGGCAGCGGCGACCCCGUUUACAACGCCCAACACCAGCACCACCGACUGGUCGAUGCGGGAGCGGGAUGAGAGUGUGGCGGGGGAGACACCGGCAGGCGAGAAGGUGGACGAGUGGGAGCAGAAGCUGUACGGGAAGCAUCUCGACAUUGGCAACACCGACUCGCUGAAGCGGCGCAGCUGGGAAAGCUCGCGCGUCAUGCUGUCGGCCCGCCGGGAGGAGGCGGACCAGCCGGAGCAGGAGCAGGAGCAGCAGCAGCAGGGGGGCGUCGAGCCGGCGAAGGGCCGCUCGGUGACGGCACCGACCUCUCCCGAGCUGGAGGGCAAAGCGAACCGUGGCAGCGUGGCAGCGCCGGCGGCCGCCGUACCGAAAGCGCUGCCUCGGGCCGGUUCGCAGGCGAGCGUGGGCCGGCAGUCGCCCGCGCCCGCGGACGGCAAGCCGGAGAAGGAGAGCUUCACCAAGAAGCUGAAACACUUCGUGAAGGAGCACCGGGGCGGCGGCCAUCGGGCCGAUUCGCUCGAGAAUCUGUCGUCGACGGCGGGCGGGGCGAUGAUGGCGGGCGGCCACAAGAAGCACCACGGGUCGAAGCAGCACGGGUCGGGCGGCACCGCCGACCAGCGCAUCAUCAUCGGGGGCGAGAACGGGGAGCAGAUAGCGGCGGCGGCGGCCGCUGCCGCCGCUCUCCCAGCGCCAGCCAUGCUGGCCCAGGUGUCGCCGGAAACGCUCGCCAAGUACGAGGGCAAGUCGCGCGAGGAGGUGAUCAAGAUUGCGCAUACGCUCGAGACGGAGGUGCACUACCAGAAGCAGAAGGUGAAGGAGCUCGAGGACUACCUCGACAGUCUGCUGCUGAAGGUGAUGGAGUGCCACCCGAAGAUACUGCAGAACCCGUACCAGAAGGCGGCACCGACGAAAAGCGGAUGAAUCAGGUGACUUCCCGGGCAAGCUGAAGGAGGUACACUGGUGGACAUAAAAAUA